AUGCACGCGCGGCGGCGGCUGGCCCUGCGGGCUGUAUACCAGGGCAGUACGGGCCACGGCUCGCGCUUUCGCCAGCUGGGCCGCCGAGGGCUUAGCGUGCUGACGCCGCCCCUCCUGGACUUGCGACGGCAGCACCGCUCGGCCCUCACCUCGCUAGAGAAGCUGCUCGUCCGCCUGCAUGCAGCCGCAGAGCACACGGAGGUUCUUCGCGAGUCGGUCACGACGCUCGACUCUCUCUUCGUCUGCUGCGUGGUUGGCGAGUUCAACGCCGGCAAAAGCGCGCUCAUCAACGCGCUCCUGGGGAGGGAAGCGUGUGUCGAGGGCGUGCUCCCGACCACGGCAAGCGUGUGCCUAAUCAAGCACCCGGCGGCGCCAUUCGUACCGAGCAGCGCGGCCGGGAAGGAAGACGGGCUUGUCGUCAUGGACGUUGACGUCGAAUGGCUGCGCUCAACUUACCUCGUCGACACGCCGGGCACAAACUCCAUCGACGAGGCUCACACCGCGCUGACUCAGGACUUUCUGCCGCGCUCGGACUUGGUCCUGUUCGUGACCUCGGCUCAACAACCCUUCUCCGACUCAGAACAAGCGUUCCUCCGGUCCGUCACCGGCUGGAGGAAGCACGUGCUCUGCGUGCUCAACAAGGCAGACACGCUGCCGCCGGCAGACCUGCAACGCGUUCUGGAAUACGUCUCCGAGAAUGCCUCCCGUACGGUCGGCGCGCCCGUCAAGGUUCUCGCCUCGAGCGCGCGCGUCGCCCUGAAACUGAAGGAGCGCCUGCGACAGGAAAGCGCCGCCGAGCUCGGCUCGCCCUUGAGGGCCGCCGCGGAGGGGGAAGCGGAGGGCGCAGCGGCGGCGCAGUGGGAGGCGCUCGAGGCGGAGGUCCGGCGCGUUCUGCAGGACGGCGCGAGGCUGAAGAUGGUGUCUCAGCUUGCCACCGCUUCGCGGCUGCUCGAGGUGUACGCCUCUGCGGAGGCGUCUCAGCUCGCCCUCGUCGCCGCCGAUCGCGAUGCUGUCGACGAUGUGGGGCAGAGGGUGCACGCGUUUCAAGCUACGAUGCGUGCCGACUUUGAGCCGCAGGUGGCGCGUGCGAUGCUCGUCUUGGCGCGGCUGGGCCAGCGCGGCCACCGAUUCCUCCAGGAAGAGCUCACCCUCUCGCAGUUGCCGCGCCUCCUUUCCCGCGAUGCCCUUGUCAAGCGCUUCGAAUCAACCGUCGUCGCGGACUCGAGCGCACAGCUCGAGGCGGUCGCGCUCUCUCUCGCAGACUGGAUGGAAGGGCGCUCCUCGGCGCUCGAGCGCGAUACGCUCUCCAUGCUGCGCAGCAGAGUGCAGUUGGAACCCAGCAGCGCGGGCGACGCCGAGGCGGCGGCGGCGGCAGCGUAUGGCUCGCGCCGCGCAGAGCUGCUGCUUGCGAUGCAGAGCAGCGCUCGCGAGUCGGUUGGAUCGGAUGCUGUGGCGAAUGCAGGGGAGCGUGCUGUCGCGGCCGUGCAAACGUGCCUUGCCCAGGCGCUGCUUUUAGAAGCGGGAGCCGCGGGACUCACGGGGGUCGUGUCGGUCAAGGCGGCCUCCAUGCUCGACCUCACCGGCCUGAUGCCCGCUUUUGUGAUCGCUCUCACUGGCUUGGCCGUCCUGCCUCUUCAGCGCUAUCGGCUGCAACUCGAUCUUCAGCAGCGGGUUGACGAGCUGAGCAGUUCCUUGAACGAGGCGCUGCAAACUCACCUGGAAGCUGAGCUGCAGCACGCGGUGACACGCUCACUGGCGGCCGUCAAGCCGUUUCGAGAGCACGUCGAGCGAGAGCACGCCGCCCACGAAGAGAGGCGGGGCAUGCUCGACGCGGUGAAGGCUGAACUGAGCGCCAUGCACUUGGCAUUGGAGAGGGCGGAGCGCCCGGCGGUGUCUAUUGUCGAGCCAAAGACUUGA